GCAUCCCAAAUGCCGAAGAGGUAGACGUUCCCAUUAAGCUCUACUGCAAUGGGGAUGGGGAGUGGCUGGUGCCCAUCGGGAGAUGUAUGUGCAAGGCUGGCUACGAAUCAGUGGAGAACGGGACCGCCUGCCGAGGUUGCCCUUCGGGACCUUCAAGGCCAAUCAGGGGGAUGAAGGAUGCACUCACUGCCCCAUCAACAGCCGGACCACUUCAGAAGGAGCCACUAACUGUGUCUGCCGCAACGGGUACUACCGAGCUGACUUAGACCCACUGGAGAUGCCGUGCACCACCAUCCCUUCUGCGCCUCAGGCUGUCAUCUCCAGCAUCAAUGAGACCUCACUCAUGUUAGAGUGGACUCCGCCCCGGGACUCGGGGGGCCGAGAGGACCUGGUUUACAACAUCAUCUGCAAAAGCUGCGGCUCGGGCCGGGGCGCCUGUACCCGCUGCGGGGACAACGUGCAGUUUGCCCCGAGACAGCUGGGUCUGACAGAGCCCCGGAUCUAUAUCAGCGACCUUCUGGCCCACACCCAGUACACCUUCGAGAUCCAGGCGGUGAACGGAGUCACUGACCAGAGUCCCUUCUCACCCCAGUUUGCUUCCGUCAACAUCACCACCAAUCAGGCAGCCCCAUCCGCUGUGUCCAUCGUGCACCAGGUGAGCCGGACAGUGGACAGCAUGACUUUGUCCUGGUCCCAGCCUGACCAGCCCAACGGCGUCAUCCUCGACUAUGAACUGCAGUACUACGAAAAGGACCUGAGUGAGUACAAUGCCACUGCGGUCAAAAGCCCCACCAACACAGUGACCGUGCAGGGCCUCAAAGCGGGCACCAUCUAUGUCUUCCAGGUGCGGGCACGCACCGUCGCGGGCUACGGGCGCUACAGUGGCAAGAUGUAUUUCCAGACGAUGACUGAAGCUGAGUACCAGACAAGCAUCCAAGAGAAGCUGCCUCUCAUCAUCGGCUCGUCUGCGGCGGGGCUGGUCUUCCUCAUCGCCGUGGUCGUCAUUGCCAUCGUGUGUAACAGGCGGGGGUUUGAGCGUGCCGACUCCGAGUACACCGAUAAGCUGCAGCAUUACACCAGCGGCCACAUGACUCCAGGCAUGAAAAUCUACAUUGACCCCUUCACCUAUGAGGACCCCAACGAAGCCGUGCGAGAGUUUGCCAAGGAAAUUGACAUCUCUUGUGUCAAAAUUGAGCAGGUGAUUGGAGCAGGGGAAUUUGGUGAAGUCUGUAGUGGCCACCUGAAGCUGCCAGGCAAAAGAGAGAUUUUUGUGGCCAUCAAGACCCUCAAAUCGGGCUACACAGAGAAGCAGCGGCGGGACUUCCUGAGUGAAGCUAGCAUCAUGGGUCAGUUUGACCAUCCCAAUGUCAUCCACCUAGAGGGCGUGGUCACCAAGAGCACACCAGUCAUGAUCAUCACUGAGUUCAUGGAGAAUGGUUCCCUGGAUUCCUUCCUCCGGCAAAAUGAUGGGCAAUUCACCGUUAUCCAGCUAGUGGGCAUGCUUCGGGGCAUUGCUGCGGGCAUGAAAUACCUGGCAGACAUGAAUUAUGUGCAUCGAGACUUGGCCGCCCGAAACAUCCUGGUCAAUAGCAACUUGGUCUGCAAGGUGUCUGACUUUGGACUCUCACGCUUCCUGGAAGAUGACACCUCGGACCCCACCUAUACAAGUGCCCUGGGUGGGAAGAUCCCAAUACGCUGGACAGCUCCAGAAGCCAUCCAAUACAGGAAAUUCACAUCUGCCAGUGAUGUGUGGAGUUAUGGAAUAGUCAUGUGGGAAGUGAUGUCCUAUGGGGAGAGGCCAUACUGGGACAUGACCAAUCAGGAUGUAAUCAACGCCAUAGAGCAAGAGUACCGGCUGCCCCCUCCCAUGGACUGCCCCAAUGCCCUGCACCAGCUCAUGCUGGAUUGUUGGCAGAAGGACCGGAACCACCGGCCCAAGUUUGGGCAGAUUGUGAACACAUUGGACAAAAUGAUUCGAAACCCCAACAGCCUCAAAGCCAUGGCACCGCUCUCCUCUGGGAUCAACCUCCCCUUGCUGGAUCGCACGGUCCCCGACUACACCAGCUUUAACACGGUGGACGAGUGGCUGGAGGCCAUCAAGAUGGGCCAGUACAAGGAGAGCUUUGCUAAUGCCGGCUUCACAUCCUUCGAUGUCGUCUCCCAGAUGAUGAUGGAGGACAUUCUUCGUGUGGGCGUCACUCUAGCUGGUCAUCAAAAGAAAAUUCUGAACAGUAUUCAGGUGAUGCGAGCGCAAAUGAACCAGAUCCAGUCGGUAGAAGUUUGACCUUCAUCCCACUUUCACUCUCCUCUUCCUCAUGGCCCUGCUCCCCUUUGCCUCUGUGUGCCCCGGUCCCAGUUUUUGAGCGUCUAUGUCCGAUCACAGAGUCACCCACCUGCUCUGAGGACAGUGGCAGCAGGUAGCUCCUCCAGCCGAGAGAAGUCAUCAGAAACGCCGACAAUUGAAGCAAUGGGAAAAAAAAAAGAAAAGAAAAGAAAGAAAAAAGGGAAUGGGAAAAAAUGAUAUUUUGGGGAAAACCAUAUGAAAACUAUUUUUAAAGAACAAGUAAUGAAUGAAGAACAGCAAUGACAGUCUUGAAAAGGGCUCGUUAAGAUUUUUUUUUCCAGUCUGAGACCAAAAGCCGUUUCUUCAUCUCCCUCUAAGAAGGAAUGAUCCCACUUCUGCUUGACCAAGACCAGAAGGAGAGGAGUGCUUUCAGGAAGAUGAAUGUGAAGAGAAGCCUGGCCCUCCUCUUCUCCCUCAGAAGGCUGCUAUCCCUAGCAUCACCUGACAGCCAGUCCUCCUUGAGGCCUCAGUUUCCCCUCGGGGACACGGAAGUGGGCAGGUGGCCCAGGGGGCCUGAGGAACCAUUCCCCCAAAAUGGACCUGCCCCAACUCAAAUUGCUGAAUUCUUCAGCUUUGAAGAUUUCAACAAACUGAAAAGGAAAACAAAAAAAAGAGAGAAUGAGAGAGACUUGUUUGUUUUUGCAGGGGGCUGAUGGGCACAGCCCUCCACUCCCCAUAAGAAGGGGAGGACACUUUACACAAGCAAUGACCCAGCUCUUGCAAAAGACUGCUUUUGUGAGAGCCACCUUUGCCCGGGCAUCUCCAUACACCCUACAGUGGCACCACCUUCUCAUACAUAUCACAUGCACAAAAUUUGGAGUUGGGUCUUCACCACGUGCCAAUGACCUCUUCCUUCUCUUCGGGCUCUCCCAAGGCCCGGGAGCAAGCAGAUCGGUGACUGGUGCUAAAGCGUUGGCUGUGAUUGCCAUCGGGGAAGAUUCAUCCUGUUGCUUGGUCUGUUUACACCAAUUUUGUGGGGUUGGGGUUGUUUUGUUGGGGUUUUUUUUAAAUGACAAUGAAGUAACACUUUGACGUUUCCUAUCUUUUAAGGACUUGGUCCUUCUCCUGGCAGGAGGACAUUUACACGUAUUGACUAGGCAAUAUACCAAGGGCAAGAUUU